AUGGCUGAUGAUGAUUUAUUACCCUUUGACCCUACAAUGAAGAAGAAGAAAAAAAAGAAGAAGACAGGGUUUGAUCUAGAUGCAGCUAUGGGUGACGAUGCUGGGGGAGCUGCUGAUGGUCAGCCAACCUCUGCUCCAGUUGUCCCAGAAGAGGAAGAUGACGAGCCUGGGGACUCACAGCCAUCACAGAAACCAGCAGAUGAUUUCUCCAUGGACUUUAUGAACAUGAAGAAAAAAAAGAAGAAAAAGAAAGCUCUAGAUAUGGAAGAAGUAGGAGAUUCCUUGCCAGAAACCACCGAAUCUGAACCAGCUCCAGUCACAAAUGCAGACACGGAUUUUAAUUUUGAAGAUCUGGACUUUACUAACAGAAAGAAGAAAAAGAAACGACCGGUUAAUGUGGAUGGGGGCGCAGAGGAUGGACUGGGAGAAGAAGAGGAGCAGUUUGGAGGGGAGGAUGUUGGUGGGCACAACAGUUGGAUCGGCUCAGACAGAGACUACACUUAUGAUGAGCUUUUAUCCCGAGUGUUUGAUAUCAUGAGAGAGAAGAACCCCGACAUGAUCGCUGGGGAGAAGAAAAAAUUUGUGAUGCGGCCUCCUCAGGUCUUGAGAGUUGGUACCAGGAAAACCUCAUUUGCCAAUUUUGCAGACAUUUGUAGAUUAUUACAUCGACAGCCUAAGCAUGUCCUAGCUUUCUUGUUAGCAGAGUUGGGAACCAGUGGUUCUGUUGAUGGAAAUAACCAACUGAUCAUUCGAGGCAAAUACACACAGAAACAGAUAGAAAAUGUUUUAAGAAGAUAUAUCAAGGAAUACGUGACAUGUCACACAUGCCGAUCUCGUGACACUCUACUCCAAAAGGACACUCGUCUGUUCUUCCUGCAGUGUGAAACAUGCGGCAGUCGAUGUUCCGUGGCCAGCAUUAAGACAGGUUUCCAGGCCGUCACCAGUAAAAGAGCAGCUAUCAGAGCAAAGACAGCCUAG